AUGCAGACAAAUGAACCAGUAAAAUUGUCUGAAUGUGCUGUUUUAAGAGCAAGAUACACUACUCAAGUUGAAAAAGCUAGAUGUCAAAAAAGUACAAUAUUUCUGGCAAUAAACGCAGGAAUUGACCAAGAACUGUUGAAAGCAGAGAAAUGGGCAAGAGAAAAGAAAUAUCCCUUUCCAAAUAUUAAGUAUAAUCCGGUGGUCAAAGAUUCAGAGGUCAAAGAUUCUGAAAUUCGUGAAUGUUAUAUAUUUGAAGAUGAAAAUGAUCCGAACUGCCCAACAAUUUUACAUUUUCCAGUUGUAAACAACUCAUUUCGAGAGUAUCUUAGCCCAGUUGUGAAGAGAGAGAAAGAUGACGACAUAGAGUUUGCAAACUUUGACAUUUUUGAUGACCCUGAUGAACCUUAUUCCUCCUUCAAAUUUGAAUACAAGCCCAAAACGUUCGAAAGAUUGCAUGAACUAAUGAAAUACAACACGCUCGUGAGCAUUGAUCUGAUCAUGGGAAAAAUAAUCAAUAUUGUAAAGUACAGGCGAAAGCACAGAAAGUAUGCUAAGAAACACUCAUUAAAAGAAAAAAAUGUUAACAAUAGUUUUAGUUCCUUCACUUGUAUACCAAUAUACCAAAAUAAUCCACAUCGUAUAAACCAACCUAACAUUUAAACUAUUAUUUGUUAGUGCCCGUUUGUAGUGUUAGUAGAUUAAUUUGCUUUAUUAUAUGUAAUUCCACAGACUUAUAUUUGUAUUACAUAAUAAGCGUGUAUGUAACUGAUGUAGUACUUACGUAAGAGUAAAGCUCAUAAAUAGUUAUGAUUAAAAGUUCAUAAUAAGUACUAUCUUAUAUUUACUUUUCUACCUCCAAUGUCCUAGCUUUAUAUUUAGGCUGAUUUCUAAUGUCAGUACUUACGUAGAGAUAAAGUUCACAAAUAAAUAUAAUCAAAAGUUCAUAACAGGUUAA